UUAUAGCCGGGGGCAGAGCAGAGGAAGGGGAGGGCAGGAUGAGCUCUGGCGGCUGCUCGACGUGCCUGGAGAUCAUCUUCGCCGCCGUGCUCCCGCCGCUUGGCGUCUUCUUCCGCUACGGCUGCUGCAGCUCGCAGUUCUUCAUCUCCCUGCUGCUGACGGUGCUCGGCUACGUCCCCGGCAUCGUCUACUCCGUCUACGUCAUCCUCAAGACGGCGCCGGAGCUGCCCGGCAUCGACGGGGACCGGCCCUACUACAUCCUCGCCUGAGGAUCUCCUUCGUCCAUAUUCGUACAUACUGCUGUAGCGUAGCUUCUGUAUACUGCUACUAUAUAUGUGUCGCCAUUGGUUUGGUUGGGGAUGACUUGUAAGUUGUGCGUAGCUAGUGGUUUGAGGGAAUUCCUCUCGAUUCUUUGCGUAGCGGCCGGUGGUUGUACCUGUAGUCAGUCUCCUUUCUUGGCCUGUAAUUAAGUUAUGCGUAGCUAGCUAUAGUGGUUUGAGGAAAUUCUUGGCGUAGCGGUGGUUGUAUUUGUGCUGUUCGUUCUCGAUUCUCAGGAUUGGUGGCAUGGCAAUGGCAU